ACUCUCCUAGUCAAGCUGUUUUUGAAACUCAGAGCACUCCAGCAGAGGAUAUCAAGGAGUGUCGAGCAAGAUGAGGAUCUCCCUUUUUCUGUUGGUUGCUGCAGCAGCCGUGGCAGAUUGUUAUGGUAGCAAGUACAGCAGCCCUUCCAAAAAGGAUCUCCUGGUGCGUUCCAAAAGAAGAUGGGUCUUAUCUACAAUUGAAUUAGAAGAAGAAAAGGACGCACGGUACCCCAUAGAGAUUUCACAGAUGUAUAAUGACAAGAUUCAGGGGAAAGCCUUUAGGUUCCUUGUAAGUGGUGAAGGUGUGCCGGACGUGUUUACCAUCAAUGAAAGCACCGGAGCCGUCUAUGCACAUAAAAAAGUGGACAGGGAGGAAAAGCCCCUUUAUCAUAUUAACUUUGAUGUCUUGGACAGAAAUACAGGUGAAAAACUAGACCGCGAACUAGCAUUUGAUGUUGAAAUACAAGACAUAAAUGAUAAUCCACCCAGGUUCUCUCUUCCUGAAGUAACAGUUGAUGUAAAGGAAAAUAUACAAGCAGGGUUUUUGCCAGUUACCCUGGUGGUCACAGACAUAGAUAAGGAAAACACACCCAACUCUUUAUUCAGCAUCACGAUGGUUUCACAGUAUCCAAAAGAGCCCCAAAUUGCUGUGCAGCAAGAUGAAGGAGGACUGGCCCGACUCAUCUUGAAAGGAUGUUUUAACUACGAUAAAGUAAAUCAUUAUAAAAUCAUCUUACAAGCAAAAGAUCAUGGAACGAAGCCAAGCGCUCUGUCCUCUACUGCUGUUGUUAACCUGAACAUUAUUGAUGCAAACACUCACCAACCAACAUUCAAGAAGAAACAGUACUACGGUGAAGCAGAAGAAAUGGGCAUCAUUGAUAACUUUUUGAGAGUUGCUGUGGACGAUAAAGAUACUCCUAACACUGAUGCAUGGCGUGCCAAGUACUCCAUAAUUGCAGGGAAUGAAGAAGGAACCUACAAAAUUGAAACUGAUCCAGAAACAAAUGAGGGUGUCCUGAGUAUUGUCAAGAAAAAAAAUUAUGAACGGACAACUUCAAUAAACCUGCAGAUUGAAGUAAAGAACAUUGAAGACAUAUUUGUUUGUGCUGGCACAAAUCCACCUACAGAUAGAGCAAAUAUCACUCUAAAAAAGAUUGAUACCAAUGAUCCACCAGAGUUUGAAAAAGCUAUAGACGACACAUACUUGAAGGAGGAAGCGGAGCCAGGAAUGGUGCUGUUCAAGCCAAAGGUUCAGGACGUUGACUCUAAUGUUACCAGGUAUGUGCUCCUAGAUGAUCCAGCUGACUGGGUGGCGAUUGAUAGUAAAACAGGAGUAAUCAAAUCAACUAAGAGGAUGGACAGAGAGUCACGAUUUGUUGAUAAGAACAUUUACAGAGUUGUCAUAGCUGCCAUAGAUGACGGUAAACCUCCAGCCACGAGCACAUGCACUGUCAAUAUCCACCUGGCGGACAUCAAUGACAAUACUCCUAAGCUGGUCAACAACAGCGCUGUCAUGUGUGGAAACAAGGUUAACAAGGUCAAGGUGCGUGCAAAGGACCUAGAUGCCGAUCCUUACAGUGGACCCUUCCACUUUUCUCUGGGGGAUGAAACACUAAAGCAACAGUGGAAAAUAGAACCUGACUAUGGUGAGGAAGUAUCUCUUGUUAGCCAGAAGACACUUCCUUAUCUUAACUAUUCCAUUCCCCUGGUGAUUAUGGACCAGCAGGGCAUAGCUGGACAUGACACUCUGCAAUUGACUGUGUGUCAAUGUGACGAAAAUGAUGUUUGUCGCGGUAGAGAGCCGCUUUCAACCCGACUUGGACCAGCUGGCAUUGGGUUGCUUAUAGCAGGAUUGCUUGCAUUUUUAUUGCUUUUAAUUGCAAUAUUCUGCAAGUUUGCACCAGAUAAGAUUGAGUUUUUGCCAAAAGAUGAGGGCAAUCAGACUCUAAUCCAGUACAAUCAAGAAGGAGGGAGCUCUCCAUGCACGACCGAGCCCAAUUUCUUCCAGUCACAAGUAGAUAAUAUGGCAGCGACAGAUGGCCAGAUGGAUAAUAUGCAGAUUGAUACAGGACCAUAUGACAUAAAUAGGUACAACAGCUCAGUGUCUACCAUGUUCCAGUCGGUAGGCAUGCAUCAACAAGACACUUUCAGGAGCCAUGGCAUGAGAAGCAUGAGGACGAACUCUACAUGGAAAUCAAACAGAACGAACACCUAUCGGCAGGCUGGCUCAUCAUUUUACCAACGUUCUUUAAGCCUUCGAUCGGCUGACCGCAUUGAAGACCAUAUCAACAGGAGAUGUAACGAGGUUGAUGGAAAUGUUGUUGACCACCCAGCAUACCAACCCCGCAGCUAUGCCUUUGAAGGAGAGGGCAGCAUAUGUCAGUCAUUGGAUAAACUGUCAUUCCACGACAUGGGAGAGGAUUUUCAGUAUCUGGAUGAUUUGGGGCCAAAGUUCAAGACCUUGGGACAGAUGUAUGAUGAGGCAAUUAAAAAAAAGAAAAUACAGCUUUAAAAGGCACUGUUGAAAUGUAAACUGUAUUCCAAGUUUCGCUCCCUAAAAUACAGACUGAGCAGAGAUGAUACACCACUACGUUUUAAUAUUUUUACUUAAAGAUUAUGGACUAUAACAUCUAAUUCAUCCUAAGCCAGGUAUAUUUUGUUGGCAUUAAGAUGGAUUUAAUGCACUGCACAGCUGGUGACGCACUAGUGGUUUGUGAAAUGUAAUAACUUGAAAGGGAUUAGGUGUGUUUUCUUGUUUUUUUAGUUUGCUUUGUCAGGGCAGUAUUAUUGGGAAAUUUAACAGAACUUCUUUUGUUGAAACUGAGAUGACUCCUGUUAGUCAUAUUUUUCUAGAGUACUGUUUUGUAAAGGAUUAUUGAUGACAACACAGGGCUCAUCAUAAUGGGUUAUUGUUCCUGCAAGCUGUAAAUGUCCUUGGCCUAUUGUUGAUGAUUGAAUUACAUACUGGUCUGGAAUUAACACUGGAUAUCCUACAACAUUAAAAUGUUAAUUCUC